UUUUUCUCACAUCUCUCACUCCUUCAUUUUUCCACUCACAAAUGGCACCGCCUACAGUCCCUCUCUCUCUCCUCUCCCUCUUCCUCUUCUCUGUUUCUCUCUCCGCCGCCAUCUCUGCAGCCCCUGCCGCCGUUCCCAACCCCGAACUUGUCGUAGAUGAAGUACACAGAAGCAUAAUCAAUGCGACCAAGAGGAGGAAUUUAGGGUAUCUCUCAUGUGGGACUGGAAAUCCAAUCGACGAUUGCUGGCGGUGCGAUUCCAAUUGGGUGAAAAAUCGUCAGAGACUAGCCGACUGUGGAAUCGGAUUCGGCAAAAACGCCAUUGGCGGCCGUGACGGCCAAAUCUACGUCGUCACCGACGCCGGCGAUGACGAUCCGGUUAACCCCAAACCAGGAACUCUCCGUUACGCCGUAAUCCAAGACGAACCCCUCUGGAUCAUCUUCGCUCGCGAUAUGGUGAUUCGAUUGAAAGAAGAACUGAUUAUGAAUUCCUUCAAAACCAUCGACGGCCGUGGUGCUAGUGUUCAUAUCGCGGGUGGGCCUUGCAUUACGAUUCAGUACGUGACGAACAUUAUAAUCCACGGUCUCAACAUUCACGACUGUAAACCAGGGGGAAACACAGACGUGAGAGAUUCCCCUCGGCAUUUCGGAUUCAGAACGAUAUCGGACGGCGACGGCAUUUCGAUCUUCGGCGGGAGCCAUGUUUGGGUUGAUCAUUGCUCUUUAUCAAACUGUAACGAUGGAUUAAUCGACGCGAUUCAUGGGUCUACAGCGAUUACGAUUUCGAACAAUUACAUGACGCAUCAUGAUAAAGUGAUGUUGUUGGGGCACAGUGAUUCGUAUACUCAAGACAAGAAUAUGCAAGUCACCAUUGCUUUCAACCAUUUCGGUGAAGGUCUUGUUCAAAGAAUGCCCAGAUGCAGACAUGGGUAUUUUCAUGUGGUGAAUAAUGACUAUACGCAUUGGGAAAUGUACGCCAUUGGAGGAAGUGCUGCUCCAACAAUCAACAGUCAAGGGAACAGAUUUGUUGCACCAAAUGACAGAUUCAGCAAAGAGGUGACAAAAUACGAGGAUGCACCGGAGAGUGAGUGGAGGAAUUGGCAUUGGAGGUCAGAAGGAGAUCUGAUGCUAAACGGUGCGUUUUUCACUGCCUCUGGUGCCGGAGCGUCAUCCAGUUACGCUAGAGCAUCAAGCUUAGGUGCGAGACCGUCAUCGCUCGUUGGUACAAUUACGACCAAUGCAGGUGCACUGAACUGCAAAAAGGGCUCCCGCUGCUGAUUAUUACUCCUACCCAAUUUGAAACCAAAAAAGGAACUGAAAUUUGAAAGACUGGUAGUAGCUAGUUCUAGUUGGUUGGUUGAUUUUCUUAAAGUUUAAAUUAAAAUUGUUGAUUUUAUGAAAUGGUAAUUUGAGGGAAAAUCAGUAGGAAAUGGAGGGAAAGUAAAAGAGGAAAAAAGAAAAGAAAAGAAAAGAAAAGAAAAGAAAGCUAAGAUAAGACACUGAACCAAUAGUGGUCAGUGAAUCUGCUUCUUUCAUUAUAUCUUUUUUUAGUUAUUUUCUUCUUUUUUCUCUUCCAUUUUAUUUUUUGUUUAUUGGUUUUGGGUUGUUUUUAUAAUUAUUACAAUGUACAACCUCCGCAUGUAAUUCUUGGAAACAUUGGGGCUUUCCUUUUAAGAAUGUCCCAAAUCAAGUCAAAUGCAGAAGAGUUGAUAUUUCAUAUACUAA